AUGGCCUGUUUUCUAGUAGUGCUAGGAGAGUAUAUUGCUAGUGCUUCUCUCACACCUCUUGUCAAUCCUGGUAGUGGUAUUCGUCCUAUAGCUGUGGGUCCCGAAGUGACCCGAGACCGAAAAAAUUUAACCAACAAAGGGGGAGAACAAAGGGAGCAUAAUAAUGUUUCACUCAAGGGUUUCCUAGGAAAAUUUUCUGAGCUGACAAAAUCUCUUGUAUACAUGCGGGAUUUUGAGGGCUAUACUCCUGUUUUAAGGGCAGUGAAAUGCGGCCGACUUGGGAUGGCUAGGUUUCUUAUUAAACAAUACCCUCAAUCGGUUGGGAUUCCAGAUUACAAAGGGAGAACAAUUCUGCACCACAUGGGGGCUCAGGCUGCAGACCUUGUUGAUGACUUGAAAGAUAUAAUGCCGAAGGAGCUGCAACCGUUGGUGAACAGAAGUCGUGUAAAAGAGAGAGAAUUGAUAAAAGAAAUGAUGGAUGACGAACUCUACAUAGCAGCAAAAAAGGGGGAAUUGGGAGAUGUAGGAAAAAGGCCCCCGAGAGACGACGAGUGGUUUUGCCGUCGAACACCGGGAGGAAGCAAUAUAAUUCAUGUAGUUCUUAGACAUGCAAAUGGGAAUGAUAAAGCAACGGCAUUUGUUACGACUGCUUUAAGCAAGUGGCCAAUUCUGAGCAUGCGACAGGAUAAUAACGGAGACACGCCUCUUCACCUUGCUGCAAAGUGGAAGACUGGUGUGCCAAUGAAAUUACUCGUAGACGCAUCCAAGAAGUUUCUAAAACAGCUAGACGAAAGCGAGAAAGCUUUUCAUGUUGCCCCAUGGGCGGUUAAGAAUAACAAGGGCAGUUUUCCAAUUCACGAGGCUUUACAAGCUGACAAUUUGGACGGUGCUUUGGAUUUGCUUGAAUGUGAUGAGGAGGCCGCUCAUCGUGUCGAUGACUUGGGCGAGACUCCACUCCAUGCUUUUGCCAAAUAUGGCUUUUCUAUUGAAAAGGAUGAAGCAAAAAAGUUUGUGAAAAAGCUGAAGGGCUUAAGCAAGGAUGCAGCGUAUCUAAGAGAUGAUGAAGGCCUAACACCGUUGUUGAGCGCAGCAAAGUCUGGUCGUUUUCAAGUUGUACAAGCUAUACUUGAAUAUUGCCCUCAAUCAGCAUACCUCCGAGAUUCAGGAGGCAGAACUUUUUUGCAUCUCCUGCGCUUCACGGGGGAGGAUGUCGACGAGAGUUUAGCCAACACUUUUAAGAAUGCGGGGGAUCAGUUAUUUGACAUCCCUGAAGCAGAUACUCAAAGAUUAGUGCAAGAUUAUGAAGGAAGCACACCCCUCCAUCACGCUAUUAGGACUGGGAACUCUAUUGCCGCCAUUGUAUUAACGCAAAAAUGUUUGAAAGAUGAAGAACAAAGAGAACUUGCGCUAGUGGAUAAAAAAGGUGACACAAUUCCGGAUCUACUUGCAUCACACGACGUCCCAAACGAGAUUAUUACAAAAAUUCGGAAAAAGGUACCCAAGGCAGUGUCCUUAGCUAGAAGCUCAUAUGGUAUACGCAAGACAGAAAUGAAAGAGUCUGCCAAUGCUCUAUCUGUGGUUGCUGCCCUAUUGGCAACCAUAACUUUCGCAGCAGCGUUUCAGGUACCAGGUGGAUUCGAUGGCGAUGACGGUUCCCCAGUUCUUCUGAGAAAGCCAGCUUUCAUAAUUUUCGUGAUAACCAACACAAUUGCAAUGUGCUGCUCGAUGCUUUGCCUAUUCUUAUUACUUUGGGUGAUGGGUAUUGGCAAGAUGCACGGCUCCCUCGUUGUAUUAGAUCUCUGUAUACAUCUGCUUCGUGCAUCCUUUUACCUCACUCUGCUUACUUUUACAAUGGGCGUGUUUGUGGUUACUGCCAAAAAGAGUUUAUGGUUAGCUAUUUUGGUAUGUGGACUCUGCUUUGUCGCCUUCGUUUUAACAUUUAGACGUUCAAUCAACUUCCUAGCUAAAUGUAUCAACCUUACUCCUGAAAUUAAAAAGAAUGCGAAAUCAAUUGGUGAGGACAGUGAAAAAAGUCCUGCUAUUGGAAAUUCUGCUGCAUCUGAUGGCAUUCACGUUGAAAUAAAUCAGUUCAAUACUGUUGUUGAUCUGCAUUAA